AUGACCUACAAGCCCUCGCCCUCGGACCUGGUCCAGAUGCCCGCCCUUGGCUCCGACUGGACCAAAGACAAAUCCAAGCGCGACAAGGAUUGGGAGGGCAAGGACACCCUGAUCGAUAAGACGAAAUGGCUCGACCGCAAGCAGAAGAUCCGUAGUAAGAAGCAGGUCGGCAAAUUCGAGUUCAACAGGAAAAUCAACCUGGCAAUGACCGCCAAAAGCUCCUCUGUUCAGCCCAAAACAAGCAUCAUUACCUUCAUCAUCAAGGACUUGUCGUCGGCCGGCAACCCCGUCAACCGACGACAGAGGCUCGAACUCGGACUCUCUUAG